UCGAUGUGUCUAAAAUUGUGUAGACGCCACUCGUCAUUCGUCAAAAUAAACAAAAAUUGAUUUUUCUACUGCUAAUAAUAUUUGAUUAUUCGACAAAAAAUCAAUUUAAUGUGAAAUCGUCACGGUGCUUGUGGAUGAAUUGACAUGAUAAGAAAUAGAUUUAUAGCAUAGUCAAAAUGAAAUCAAAUCUUAAGGAUGAACUUAAAAAAGAAAUAAUACAGGAAUUAAAUCAAAAACUCGGGGGAGAUAUAAAUAAUUUACAAGCGGCAUAUGAGUUGGAAACUGACAUAAUUGGAAGAAGAGACCGACUUGAAAGCUCACUAAAUGCCGCCAAUGAUGAAGGAUCUACAAAGCUUUCGUCAGCUAUCACCAAAGCAGAACUUAAUUCAAAACAAAUUAAUAAUUUAAAAAUAAAAAGUGAGGAAUUCAAGAAAAGAGCUGAAGAUUUUCUCAGUAAAACACAACCUUUGAUGUCUGAAUUAGACAAAAGAUUUACAGCAAUUGGAAAACUAGAAAAGGUGUUAGAUUACCUAAAAUCUUAUGCCAAAAUUCAAGAUCUAAGCCAACAGAUGAAAAAUUGCAAAGAUGAUGAGCAGCUGGUACUAAUGUAUAGUGAAAUGAAGAAAUUAUGCCUCCAGUACAAGAAUUCACAUCAGGCCACUUACGCAAAGGAAUAUACUCAUUACUGGCACAAUAUUUUAAAAGACAACUUAACAAAGCAUUAUGAUGAUAUAUUGAAACAAUUAAAGUGGCCAUUCACCACGGGCGCUGAAAACUCACCUGUACCAAAAGAGGUUAUGAAUAAAUUUAAUAAUUUGACUAAAAAUUUAUUCCUUAUUCAAGAACCUGAGGAUUUAUUGGCCAAAGUGACUGUUGCCGGUGAUUUUUCUGCAGUUCAAGAUCCCUGCUUACCAAUUAGAGUUCUCCUUCGGCCUCUAAAGAAGAGAUUUGCAUUUCACUUCACUGGCUCAAGACAAACUGCAAGGAUUGAUAGACCAGAAUGGUUCCUUACACAGACAUUGACUUGGAUUAAAGAUCAUCAGGGUUUUAUCAAGAAUAAUGUGCAGCCGAUAGCUGAUAAACUAGAGUUGAAGAGUGUUAGAGCUGUUGAUGAAUUCAACGAAGGCUUAGUAGCAUUAGCUGCUGAGAGGCUUCAUACUGUACUAGCACUUUACCAUACCCAAGCCUCUAAAGGAGAUAUUGUUGAUGUCGAUGCAGCAUUUGCUCAUGCAGUGGAUGAAACAUUGGGUUUUCAUAAAGAGCUAUCAGAUAUCACGGGUUUUGAAUCGAACAGUGUUCUAUCUGUAUUGACUAAAGCUGAAACAUUUGUGCGAUGGUUGGCUGUUGAGAAGAAAUACGCUCUAACAAAAAUGGACGAAAUGUUAGACACUGAGCAGUGGAUCGAACCGGUGGCGGCGGGGGUCGGUGCGGCGGUCGGCUCGCUGGUCUGGGUGCCGCGGGGCUCUGAUUGGUUUAUAUCCUUGCUGAAGACUAUUGAGGAUAGAUAUGCUACCUUACCGCAGCCGGGACACCGCAUACAAUUCCUGGAGCUGCAACUGGAGCUGAUAGAGGAGUGGCGCGUGCGGCUCACGCAGAUCACGAGCGCGGCGGCCGACAGCCUCGCGCCGGACUGCUUCCUGGUGGCCGGGCCGCACCCGCUCACCGCCAUCAUCAACGCGGCCCAGCAUUGCAGGACUGUGCUGCUGCAGUGGGCGCAUUCCUUGCACUACCUUCAACUCUAUUACUAUAGACGACAGUUCCACCAGUUCACACAGCAACAGCACAUCAAUGAUGAUGACGAGAGCGAGUCCACCACCAGCUCGGAUGAUGAUGAUGAUAGUGAUGAUGAGACUAGGGAAUCUGACAAUGAAAAUGACGGUGUUAUUUGCUUAGAAGAGGUUGAAGAACGCGCUAAGAAUAUGGCUUUAAAGGAAGUCACCAAAAGGCAUUCUAUCAUUGAUGGGAGUGAAUAUGAUACGACGCCCAUAGCUAACCCUGCCGUUGCAGAGCCGCUAGAUGACGCUGGCGAAGAAGACGCCGGCGUGUUUGGUGACGCGCCAGCACUAUUGUAUCACCUGCGACAGGCUGCGCUCACUUCGCUCAUACAGUUCAUGCUGAUCGAGUUUAGAGAGGAUCUGCAGAAUUAUAAGAAGCAGAAAUGGCACGCAAUGCUAACAGUGGAGGAGCGAGCUCUGUGCAUGUCGAGCGCUCUGUGCCGGCCGCUGUCUACUCUGUGCACGCGUCUAGUCACCGUCUCCGAAACGCUGGCGCCUACAAUAGCGCACUUCCUGAAGACCGAGUUGGCGUUACACGUGGAUAAUUGUAUAUUUAGAGACGUGGUAUUAAACAACUGGUUCAACACGGGCGGCACGCUGCAGCUAACGCACGACGUGAUGAGGAAUAUCAUACCGGCCUUCUCCUGUGUUGGGAAUAAACCGGUCGACAACAAUCCUGUGCCGAAGCUAGCGGAAUCCUGUAUGCUACUUAACUUGGACUAUGACGACGCUCGGCGCAUACGCACUGGGCUGGCCAAGAACGAAUCGGACGUCGUUGGGAUGAUCAUGACCAUGGGUAUAGUGACCGUAACACCACAAGAGGCUCUCCAGAUCCUCAACCAAAGGACUGAUUUGGCUGAUGCAUCAACACCCACCUCGGUUAUGGAACUGUUCUAGAGAGUGGGGGUAGGGAAGUUAUAUGGAUACGCCAGUUUUUAUUUUCGUAUGGAUUGUUUUUUUUUAUUCGCUGAUUUGCAGCAAACCGUUCUCCCACUGUACAUGCGUUAAAAAACAAUACGAAAUUUGUUUUCUCUAAAUAUCAAUUUAUAAAAUUUCACCUAUUUCUGCAAUUUAGUUAAUUUUUGGUGCAGUUUUAAUUCUGGAACGAUAAAUAAAGUUAAACUUUGUAGAAUUGAGUUUUAAAUUUACCUCUCAUUUAAUAAUGAAAUAUAUAAUUAACUGUAUAUUUUUCAGUGAUUUAUAAUAUUCUCUUACGGAGUAAUUUCUUAUAGUAUAGUACAUGGUAAUAUGUUAAAUUGGUACUUAUGUCAUCUGCAAUAAGGUUUAAAUUGUGAAGUUAGUAAUAUCAACUUGAUGCUAUCAAGCCGAGUAUAUGCCCGUUUCUGGCGAUGGGGAGAUUUUCAUUUAAGAAUAUUAUAAUUAUUUGUUGUCUUUGUAUGUAUAUUUUGUACAUAUAUUUAUUUGUAACUAUUUAUUUAUAAAUUGUUCGUGUUUAAUUUCUUAGUACAUUUGCGUAUAUUGUUAAUUUUUGGAUUUUGCACGAUUUUUUAAAUAUCGCGUUAAGUUAAAAUACAAUUUAUAUAAACGGAAUAUUAUCAUUUUUUGUUAAUGAUUAAUAUUUAUUUGUCAAUUAAAAAUCUAUAAUAAACUAUGUGAAAUGAAGCUUUAUUUUAUGAGCUUGCUCUUUAAAAAGAAUACUGGGUUAUUAAUAUUAUUUGCGUUCUUAAAUCAUUUCCGUUUAUGUCUCUUUCUGUGUUAUUUGUUAUUAGUUAUUUAAGUUACGAGUUACACAUUGCUAUUUUAAAGAUUUUAUUUUAAUUUUGUAAUGUAUGGAUGAGGUAAGAAAAAAAACAUAUUCAUAAGGUUUUUAAAAACAUUUUUAAUGUUCAUAAUAUAUAAAUGUAUUCAGACAUGUCUCAGUAUAAUAAUGUUUCUUAAAUAUUUAACUUUAUUACUUCAAUGUUAACAUAAAUAGUAAAAACAAUAUUAUCAACAAAAUACAGAUCUUCGAUGGCACAAAUGCGCUCAGAUAUAAGUAUAGUUUGUGUAUCUAUCUAAAUAAAAUUUGUUCACAGCC